AUGACGAGUGUCUCGUUUUCUGCCAGUGACUCCCAAUAUCAGAGUCUCGAUCCAGCCCCAGUCUGUAAGUUUAGUCUAUAGUUUUGAAAAGAUAAAAUAUAUAUUUCUAACCAUUCGUAUCCGAUAAUAUUGAUUGAUUUAGGCAGCGAUGACGUUAGUGGAUGCGCUCAUCCGGAAGACAAUUGUUCGGACGAGGAGAUUGACGAUGAAUAUCUCGAAUACCUAACAAAUCAUUAUUUCCGUGCCGGUCAUGACGGGUGCGAUGAAUACACAAAUCUCACAACUUUCCAUGGAAUGGUUUGUUGAAGCUUCUACCUCGUUUUUCGCAACAACAACGUCGUUUCAUGUUGCAGAUACGCGUUUUCAACUCUCGCAACUGCCCGUCAUUAAUUUUUUGGUGUCUUGUCGUCACUACUUGCUUGGUAUUCUACAUAAUGGUGGUGAGUGAUCCGAUUUAUUACUCUUUUAAUGCGCUUAUCAUAUGACCAUCAUUAAUAAAUUGAGUGUUGUCCGAAAAUCAUUGAUUUUAAUUAAACUUGCAGUGCGGUACAAUGAUCAAGUCUUAUGCAACGCAACCAAGUUUUAGGAGAAUUAAUGAGACUAUGAAUCCGAGUUUCGAAAAUGAUAUCAAAUUAUGUUCGGAGCAAAAGUGAGAUAAGAGAGCGAAUUUGGCCGGAUUGUACAAAAAUGUCAUUUCAGACUUAUAUGUGCAGAUAUUCUAGUUGAUAAUGGAAGAUUAACGUGUAGGGAAGCCGAUAUGCAUUGUGUCUCAUUACGGUUUUCCACCAAAGUCAAAAUUCGUUUGAAAAAGAGAAGUAUACAAUAUAAGAGUUUAAUUGGGUAAAAAUUAUAUAAAAACAAUACAGGAUUACAUAUUGAACAUGGUUCGGAAAGAGAUGUUUAUCACAUGAACUCCAAACCUCAUACACAUCACCGGAUCCAGUUAAAAGUUUUUCAAGUGGGCAAGUACACUUUUUCACUUUUACCAUCCUCUGAUAAUCUCUCUUUUCACCCACUAUGACGCUCAAUUUCAGAUUCAACGGCUCAACUUAAUGCGAGCGGUGUGUCAUUCAAAUUGGAGUGA